CACAUUGCCUAUACUCUACUGAUCGAAGACAAUGGCCCCUCCCAUCCUAAUCAUCGGCGCCGGCCUCUCCGGCCUCACCGUCUCCCGCAGUCUCACCAACGCCUCCAUCCCCAACAUCGUCUUCGAAGCCUCCACCCCCGACCGCACCCAAGGCUACGCAAUCAGUCUCCGUGAAUGGGGCUACACCUCCCUCCUUACAGCCCUGGGCGACCUGCCUCUCCGCAGUCUUACCCGGGGCGUCGCCCCGGACCGCAUCCUCGGCGGAACCGGCUGGAUCGACCAAGCCCUCCGGGACAACCAUACCGGAAACCUGCUAGUUGCUCCAGACCCAGAAGCCAAGCAAUGCAUCGUGCGGGCAAACCGGAAUGCCCUCCGCACCUGGAUCGCCGAUAGCGGCGACGAGGAAGUGGACAUCCGCUACGGCCACCGUCUCCGCAGCGUGCAGGGCUCAAUGGGCAACGUGACGGCCACUUUCGAGAACGGCGCAAAAUACCAGGGCUCACUUGUCAUCGCAGCUGAUGGCGUGCACUCUACUGUGCGCUCUCAGAUCCUGCCCCAUGUGAGCCCGGAUAUUGUGCCCGUGGUGGUGUACCAUGGGGAAUUGGAACUCCCGCGCAAGGAAUUCGAUAAUCUUAUUCGUCCGCACUCCGGACCGUCGAAUAUUCUAGCUGGUGUGGGCGAUGGGUUUAAUACACCUAUUACUGUGUGUAAUAUCACCCCGACGCAUGUCCAUCUCGAUUGGUCGUAUUCGAGACCGAGUAUAGCCGAUAAGGAUACCGAGGAUCCCCUCUAUCGGCCGCAUGUCUCUGCCGCGGAGGCUAAGCAGAUUCCUCCGGCACUGCUGGAGGAAAUUGCGUCCCGGGAUCUGGCGAGGCCGUGGUCCCAGCUGCUUAAUGCUGAGGCGUUGCCGACUCAUCGGGUGUUCAACUGGGUGAGUCGGUGUGUGUCAGUGACGAGGGAGGAUGUGAAUGCUGCGCAGAAGCAGGGGGUGGUGUUUAUUGGGGACUCAUGGCAUGCGAUGCCGAUUUUCGGAGGUGAAGGGGGUAAUCAUGCCCUGGUUGAUGCGGUGGAGCUGGCGGAGGCGUUGGCGGGUAAGCAAGGGGAGUUGGGUGCUGCUGUGACGGGGUACUAUGAUCGUGCGUGGAGACGCUGUCAGGAGGCUGUGAGAAGGUCUAGGCAGAGGUUCUUCCAGUUGCAUCGGCCUAUGAGGGAGUGGAUGGAGAUUGCGAAAAAGAAGAAGAUGAUGGCUGCUAUGAAGGAAGUGGAGGCUCAUUGA